UUGAUUGAUAAAAGCCGCUGGCGGCGGUAUAGUGCAAUUUUCCCCGAUUCAAAUUUACGAUAAUUUUAUUUUUAUUACGUUUCUAAUUAUUUAUUAACCCGUUCCUUUUUUAUUAGGUGUUAAUUUAUUAUAUUGUGUACAAAAAUCGUGAUCAGUUAAUGUGUAGUGGUAGAAACAGGUGAUGUGGGGUACACCCUGGAUGGAUCGAUACCGGUGACUGCGUCGCUUUGUUGCGAGGGUGCGAUGGAGAAGUCAGCGUCAGCGCGGCCGCGAACGGCUCUCAACGAAUGCGUGAAGGUGGUGGUGCGGUGCCGGCCCCUGUCUAACCGCGAGAAGAACGAGGGGCACGAUGAGGUGAAGAAACGACAAGUCAGACAGACUGAUCAAAAAUGGUACGAGCGUCUCUCGACGAAAGGAUCCGGAGAUCAGUUCCAAGAGGCUGACUUGCCCCUGCAGGUGGUGCAAGUAUGGCCGGAGCGGGGCGCGGUGCAAGUGCUCAACCCCAAGGGCCAGGACAAGCUGUUCACAUACGAUGCUGUCUACGAUGCACAGGCAGAUACGCAGACCAUCUACGAUGAAAUGGUCCGUCCACUGGUGGCCUCCGUACUGGACGGCUUCAAUGGCUGCGUGUUCGCGUACGGCCAGACCGGCACUGGCAAGACGCACACCAUGGAAGGGACCCCUGAAGACGAGGGCAUCAUACCACGAGCGUUUCGACAUAUAUGGCAGCAUAUAGAGACCAGUGCGUCGCGGGAUGUGACGCAUCUUGUAUCGUGCUCAUAUGUGGAGCUGUAUCUAGAGGACGUCAGGGAUUUGCUGUCUAAGGACUGCAAGAAGCUGACUAUUAGAGGACAGGAGCUGAAUGGCUUCUACAUCCCAGAGAUGACCUCCAUCGUGUGCAAGUCAGCCGCAGAAAUGGCGCGCGCCCUGCGCACUGGCAACCGCGUCCGGGCUGCCGGUCGCACUGACAUGAACGAGCACUCUUCUAGAUCCCACGCCGUGUUCCUGGUCACGGUGGAGUCGCAGCACAAGCCCAGCAACCGUAUCCGCGUCGGCAAGCUGAACCUGGUGGACCUGGCGGGCAGCGAGCGGCAGCGCAAGACCGGCGCUGGCGGCGAGAGGCUCCGAGAAGCGGCCAGGAUCAACCAGGCGCUGUCAUCGCUGGGAAAUGUCAUCUCAGCGCUGGCUGAGAACAGCCCUCAUGUGCCCUACCGGGACUCGAAGCUCACACGCAUCCUGCAGGACUCGCUGGGCGGCAACAGCAAGACCAUCAUGAUCGCAGCGGUAGGGCCGGCCGCUUACAACUACGACGAGACCAUUACCACACUGCGAUAUGCUCAUCGAGCUAAAGCGAUAAAGAACAAGCCGAUCCGCAACGAAGACCCGAAGGACGCCAAACUGCGCGAGUACCAAGCGGAAAUAGAGAGACUCCGCGCGCUCAUCGAGCAGCGCCGCGCCGCGGAGAGGCGCCCGCGCCGCGCGCCGCGCCCCGCGCCCGGCGCGCGCCCGCAGCCAGCGGAAGAAGACAGCAUAGACGCCGCCAGCCUCGAAAGCGAGCACAUUCUCGCCGAAUCCACCAUCGAGCAGGAGAAAUGCAGGACCGAGGAGCUCGAGCAACAGAUCCGGCAACUAGAAGAGCGACUAGUCUCCGGCGGAGGCGACGGGGACCUGCUGGACGAUCUACGUCAGUCCCGAGCUGUGCUCGACGCCAGGAACAUGGAGAUAGCGGAGAGGAAGAAGAGAGAGGUGGAAAUGCAGCAGAAGAUUGAUUUAGAAGAAGAGACUACAGCUUCCGUUACUCAGACUUUUGCGUCGUUGCAACAGGAGGUGGAUCACAAGACACAGCGGUAAAUAAAUAUUAUUCUAGAGUUAGUGUCUUUACAGGCAGGAGAGGAGCUCCAGCCCCAUUUGGACCAGUGGUGGCCGCAGUUGCCAACUCCUGUUCUUAAGCGGUUAAGAGCAGACCACACCCGGCGCGGUUCCUUGAAUCCCACUGGGGAUACUCG